CAUGGUUCGCUUGUAGAACGAAGAGUUACAGUAGUUAGAAGUUUCCAUAAAGCUACAGAUUUAUUAUUUUUGGUAUAAGUGAACAUGUUUGAUAUUUUUCGAGAUGUGCGGCAAAUGAACAAACGCCAACUCGCUAAUCAAGUUUUAAACUUUUUGUUGAUGGUGUGCACUGCAUUGAUGGUUUGGCGUAGUUUAAAUCUUAUUACUUGGUGCGAUAGCCCUAUUGUAGUAGUUUUGAGUGGAAGUAUGGAGCCUUUAGUAUACCGCGGGGAUCUUCUUUUCCUCACAAACUACGACACUCCCGUGCGCGUGGGCGACAUUGUGGUGUUUAACGUGGCCGAUAAAGAAAUUCCCAUCGUCCACCGCGUCAUUAAAAUUCAUGAAGGGAAAAAUGGCGAAGUAAAAUUACUAACGAAAGGCGAUAACAAUCGCGUUCAUGAUAGGCCGUUAUAUGCAAGCGGUCAGGACUGGCUCACUAAAAAAGAUUUAAUUGGUCGCGUUAGAGCCUGGUUUCCCUACGCUGGUAUAUUUACUAUACUCCUUAACGAUUUUCCGAAGGCGAAAUACUUGUUACUUUUAAUUAUGGGCUUGACAUCGUUAUUAAAACGUGAAGAAUAA